AUGAAGCGAUCGAAUAUAUUGAUGAUUCCUUUGUGUGAUUCUCUUUGUACCAACAAAGAAAUUUUGAAAUUUGAUUUAGAAAACGAUGAAUUUAUUCCAGUUGACAAAGAAACAAGAGACUUGAUAUGUAUUGGAAACACAUCAAAACACAACAUGAAAGUGCAGCUUAGUGUAAUGAAAGGGUGUGAUUAUUACACAAUCCGAAGUGUACCAUCUCUUGUUACACUCCACAAAGGUGAAGCAUGUGAGUUUGAGAUCUUUAUCACGCCACUGUGUUCAUGUUAUAUUAAUGAUAAAAUAGCAGUUAUUGCACUUGAUAUUACAAGUGGACAACAAAUCACAACAAGUGUUACUGUAAAUGUCACCACAGAAGAAUCAACAAAACUAAAUUACAGAGAACUUGAAGAAUUAAGUCAAAUUGGGGAAGGUUCCUUUGGUGUUGUGUAUAAAGGAACAUUCAGAGGUAAUACAGUAGCAAUUAAGAAAAUGAAAAUAAGUGGUGAACAAGACGAUAAUGUAAUGAUAGAGUUUGAUAAUGAAGUAGCCAUGUUGGACAAAUUCCGAUGUGAGUAUUUCGUCCACUUUUAUGGCGCAGUGUUUAUACCAACUAAGUUUUGUAUGGUCACUGAAUAUGCAGAGUACGGGUCGUUACAAGACUUGAUUAAAAAGAGAAAGAAAACUGAUGCUAUCAACAUGAAAAUGCGUGUUAAAAUAAUGUUAGAUGCAUCACGUGGAAUUUUGUAUUUGCAUGAGAAUGGGAUAUUACACAGAGACAUCAAACCAGACAACAUUUUGGUUAUAUCAUUGAAUAUUGAUGACAAAGUAAUAGCAAAAUUGACUGAUUUUGGAAGUGCGAGAAAUGUCAACAUGUUAAUGACUAAUAUGACUUUCACUAAAGGUAUUGGAACUCCAGUCUAUAUGGCACCUGAAAUACUAAAAAAAGACAAAUAUAAGAAACCAGCAGAUAUUUACUCAUUUGGAGUGACUAUGUAUGAAUGUAUUGGGUGGUGUCAGGCAUACACAAAACAUCAGUUCAGAUUUCCAUGGAAAAUAGCAGAGUUUGUUAUUAACGGUAAACGAGUUGAAAAGAAAGAUAAUAUGCCUCAAGAACUUUUCGAUGUCAUUCAAAAGUGUUGGGCACAAGAUAUGAGUAAAAGAAUCGAUGCUACAACUAUUGUUAAUUUUCUUACUGACACCACUUUUUAA